AUGAGUGAUCAUGUUAAAGAUGUUAAUUUUAUUACUUGUGAGUGUGGCAAACAAGAAAAUAAUAUGAGCAGUUAUAAUUGGCUAUUGCAUAUAGCUUCUUGUGUAGUGCGAAAGUCAAAACUUACAAAUAAAAAUAUAAGCAACUAUUUCUCAAAAACGCCAACAAUCAAUAAAAAUGUUGGGUCAAACGAAAUUAGUGUUGCUGUUGCACCAAUUUCAGAAUCCACAACUUCAUCACAAAAUACUGAUAUUGGAUCAAAAAGAGGAAAUUUAGUUUCAAUAAAUCAAGGACUUCCAUUGUUUUUUAACACACCAAAAACAUUUACUAGCUAUCAACCAAAUGAUACAAAAUUAUCAUCAGUUUCAAACAAUGAAUCACCACCAACAACUCAAUUUUCACCUCAACAAGACAAUUUGUCCAACUUCCACUGUGAUAUAGAUAGGUUACUGGUAAAAUCAUUUGGCGCGCAUACUUAUGAAGACAAAAUGGAUAUUGUUUUGAGAGGGAGGCCUACUCCUAAAUUACCUAAUUUGAAAUCUAAAACUAAAAAUUGUUACCGAUAUUUUAAUGAAUGUUUUUAUAAAACAUGUGACUGGCUUUGUGGUUGUUCGGAUAAAUUGUACUGUUGGCCCUGUUUGCUCUUUUCACAUAGUGAAUCGAAUAUUUGGUCAAAAUAUGGGUUUACUGAUAUGUCUAAUUUUCAUGGGUUAAAAACUAGACACGAAUCAAGUCAGCUACACAUUCAAGCCUUGGUAAAUUUAAAAACUUUUGGGAAUAAUAGGAUAGAUAUUUGUUUAAGUGAAAAUUUAAAAAAAAACAUAAAUAAACAUAAUGAAAAAGUAGAUAAUAAUAGGUAUGUUAUAAGUAAAUUAAUUGAUAUCACUUGUUUCCUUGCCAAACAAGAAUUAUCUUUUAGAGGUCAUGAUGAAAAAUCAAGUUCUUUAAAUAAAGAUGCUGACUUCUUAGCAGUAAUCACGGAUGAAACAACUGAUAUUACAAAAAUAUCACAACUCACAACAGUAUUUAGAUAUGUUAAUGACAAAGGUGUUCAAGAGAGAUUUAUUGGGUUUUCUGAUGUUAGUGCUGAUAGGUCAGCUAAAUCUUUGGCUGAUCAUUUUUUUUCAAUACUUCCAGAGUAUAUAUGUGAUGAGAACAAAUUAGUUGCUCAGACAUAUGAUGGAGCUGCUGUUAUGUCUGGUUCUCAUAAUGGUUUGCAGACUUUGAUAAAACAGAAAUAUAAAAAUGCAAUGUAUAUUCAUUGCUAUGCACAUAAACUUGAUUUAGUUCUUAAGCAGUCAGUGUCUCAUAUUAAGGAAUGGUUACUUGAUUUUGAAAAAUUUUCCCAUUACAAAGAUAAUUUUCCUCAGGAUAAAUUUAGUUCACUUAAACAAACAUAUGGUCAGUAUUUUGAAUUUCCAAAGCUAAAGAGUGAAUUGUCAAUUAUAUCGUCGUCGUCAUGCAAAAACUGA